AUGCCGCCGCUUCGCCUCUCGCUGUUCGUCGCGGCGCUGGGCGCCUCCCGCGCCGCCGCCGUGCAGGUGAGCGUGUGCCGCGACGCCACGUACGAGAUCUCGGCGGACGCCGCGACGCUGUGCGCCGGCGCGGGCGCGGAGCCCGCGGGCUGGAGCUGCCCCAAGGCGGGCGACGUGGCCGUGGCCAACUGCCUCUCGACGCUCGCGUCGUUCCAGAGCGGGAGCUGCGUGGCGCCCGAGGACGCCGUGUGUCAGGUGGUGAACGGCGACACGUGGGGCUGCGUGCUGCCGUCCGUGGGCUGCAACGACGCCGCCCCCGAGGUGGAGGAGCCCAAGUGCGAGACGUGGGACUACAGCGGAGACGACUCGGUGGACGCCUCCGCGUCGUUUGACGGCAACGAGGACUACGACGAGAGCUGGUUCAUGCAGACGACCCAGCUCCGGGAGCUCUACGACUGCGGCCACAAGCCCACGCCUGCUCCAACGACCGCUGCACCGGAACCGACUGCGACGCCAGCGGCUACGGAGGGCAACGACACGGAGACGGAGACGACGGAGGCGCCGACCCCGACCACGGUGACGUCGUAUGGCACGGAGGAUAACGAGACGGAGACGCCGAACACACUGACGCCGUCGACGGAGGAUAAUGGCGAAGUGGCGGAGACGGACGCCCCGACGUCUACGCCCGCACCGGCAACUACAGAUGCCACGCAGACCGAGACGCAGACGCCAACUCCGACCACCACGUCGGCACCGGCGACUACGGUCAGUGGCACGGUGCCGCAGCCACCGACGCCGACACAGACGCCGACAGGUCCUGGGUGGGGCGGGUCGUCGAGCGCCGAGACUGACGGUGAAGUGACUACACAGGACGGGACCGGCGAGACUAUGCCCGACGGAAACGGUGACGCGAAUGUCGGAGAUGAGGAGGCUUUCUCUGGAAAGUCAACCACCUCGGUGAAGUUUGCCGCUACGGACGCUGCCGGGUUCGGAGGGCUCAGCGACGAGGUCGUGGCCGUGAUCGCUGCGGUGGCAGCUUUUGUUGCUGUCGUUGUGGCUGCAGUCGCGAUUGCAUUCGCAAGGAAGAGGCGCACGAUGGAGGCAGUGGAGGAGGAGGGCGAGGAAGACGAAGAGGAUGCUGACGAGUCUGAGGAUGAAGAGGAAAAGAGUGAUGCGGACUCUGCUGAUGAGGCUGAAGAUGUGGCCAUGGCUGUGCCUCCGACGCCUGCGGUGGUGACGGGGAAGAUGGCCACGACGCCCACAGCUGCAAGUUCGAAGGCCAAGACGCCAAAGACGACACCAACGGCGACAACCACAGCAGGAGCUUCAGCUGGGACGACGGAGGGCAUCAAGUCGUCUACUGCUGAGGACACGAAGGCUGCUGAGGACGACAAGGCGAGCGAGGAGACUGCAGAUGCGUCCGAGACCGUGGUUGCAAUUAGUGACGAUUGAUCAGGAUGUACACAUAUACCUCGGCAGUGACGAAGUGCUAAAUGUCGUAAUGUUUCAACAGCUU